AUGGGGGAGACCCGGAGGCAGCGACAGGUUAAAGAAACGGAGACACCAAGGCAGAGAGACCCGCGGACCCAGAGACAGAGUAAGAGACAGACCGAGAAACAAGCGGCCCAACAGGGGCCCGACGCGACCCAGAGAGGGCCAGGCUACGGGGCGCAGACCCCAGCAGAGGGGAGGCCAGCGCGGUGCAGGGUCGCGGUGCCCGGCGCGGGUCUCCGGCGGGGCCUGGGCGGCCGCGCUCGCCAGACGCCACCCCCGCCCCCUCGGCCGCUCGCCCAAGAUGGCGAUGGAGGGGCGGGCGAGGCGGCCGCAGCCCCGGCCCCCGCGCCGGCCCCCGCUCGGGCCCGGGCCCCCGAGGCCGCGCCCCCGCCCGCGGCGCCGCGCCUCCCCAGGCCACUGACGCCCGGCGCGCCCUCCCCCGGCGGCGGCGGCCGAGGCAACGGGGCGGCGGAGGCGGGCGGCCCGGGCCGGCCCCAUGGGGAGCUGCCGUCGCCCCAGGAGACAACCGUGGAGCUGAGCUGUGGACCGGGGCCAGUACAAGUGGUCCUGGGCCCAGAGCAGGUGGCGGUGCUGGACUGUAGUCUGGGGACUGCCGCUGCCGGACCCCCCACCAGCGUCACGUGGAGCAAAGACGAAGGUGCCCUGCUGGAGCACAGCCACCUGCGCCUGCUACCCAACGGCUCCCUGUGGCUGUCCCAGCCGCUGGCACCCAAUGGCAGUGAGGAGGCAGCCCCUGGAGCCUCAGAUGUCAUCGAGGGCAGCUAUUCCUGUCUGGCCCGUGGCCCGCUCGGAGUGGUGGCCAGCCAGGCUGCAGUGGUCAAGCUCGCCACACUCGCAGGCUUCUCUCUGCACCCGGAGUCUCAGACAGUGGAGGAGAACGGGACAGCUCGAUUUGAGUGCCACAUUGAAGGGCUGCCAGCUCCCAGCAUUACUUGGGAGAAGGACCAGGUGACAGUGCCUGCGGAGCCUCGGCUCAUCACUCUUCCCAACGGGGUUCUCCAGAUCCUGGACGUUCAGGAGAGUGACGCAGGCUCCUACCGCUGCGUGGCCACCAACUCAGCCCACCAGCGCUUCAGCCAGGAGGCCCUGCUCAAGGUGGCCAGCCGAGGGUCCCUGGCGUCUACCGGGGGGCAGGACGUGGUCAUUGUGGCAGCUCCGGAGAACACCACCGUGGUGUCUGGACAGAGUGUGGUGAUGGAAUGCGUGGCCUCUGCUGACCCCACCCCUUUCGUGUCCUGGGUCCGACAGGACGGGAAGCCCAUCUCCACCGACGUCAUCGUCCUGGGCCGCACCAACCUGCUGAUCGCCAGCGCGCACCCCCGGCACUCGGGCGUCUAUGUCUGCCGCGCCAAACAACCCCGCACGCGCGACUUCGCCGCCGCCGCCGCAGAGCUCCGCGUGCUCGGUGAGUGCGUGGCCGAGAACGGCGCCGGGCACAGCGUGCGCCGCCGCGCGCUGGCGGUAGUUGUGCGCGAGGGGCUGCCCAGCGCUCCCACGCGGGUCACGGCCACUCCGCUGAGCAGCUCCGCCGUGCUGGUGGCCUGGGAGCGGCCCGAGCUGCACAGCGAGCAGAUCAUUGGCUUCUCCCUCCACUACCAGAAAGCUCGCGGCAUGGACAAUGUGGAAUACCAGUUUGCAGUGAACAAUGACACAACAGAGCUACAGGUGCGGGACCUGGAACCCAACACGGAUUAUGAGUUCUACGUAGUGGCCUACUCUCAGCUGGGCGCCAGCCGCACCUCCACCCCAGCGCUGGUCCACACACUGGAUGAUGUCCCCAGUGCAGCGCCCCAGCUCUCCCUGUCCAGCCCCAACCCCUCGGACAUCAGGGUGGAGUGGCUGCCCCUGCCUCCCAGCCUGAGCAAUGGGCAGGUGGUGAAGUACAAGAUAGAGUACAGUUUGGGAAAGGAAGAUCAGAUUUCCUCCAGCGAGGUGCCAGGGAAUGAGACGCAGCUUACGCUGAACUCACUUCUGCCCAACAAGGUGUACCGAGUACGGAUUUCGGCUGGCACAAGGGCUGGCUAUGGGGCGCCCUCCCAGUGGGUGCAGCACAGGACGCCCAGUAUGCACAACCAGAGCCACGUCCCUUUUGCCCCUGCAGAGUUGAAGGUACGGGCAAGGAUGGAGUCCCUGGUUGUGUCCUGGCAGCCGCCUCCUCACCCCGCCCAGAUCUCUGGCUACAAACUGUACUGGCGGGAGGUGGGGGCCGAGGAGGAGGCUGAUGGUGAGAGCCCCCCAGGGGGCCGUGGAGACCAGGCUUGGGAUGUGGGGCCCGUCCGGCUCAAGAAGAAAGUGAAGCAGUAUGAGCUGACCCAGCUAGUCCCUGGCCGGCUGUACGAGGUGAAGCUGGUGGCGUUCAACAAACACGAGGACGGAUAUGCGGCGGUGUGGAAGGGCAGGACGGAGAAGGCUCCCACACCAGACCUGCCCAUCCAGAGGGGGCCACCCUUACCCCCCGCUCAUGUCCAUGCGGAAUCCAACAGCUCCACGUCCAUUUGGCUGCGGUGGAAAAAGCCAGACUUCACCACAGUCAAGAUUGUCAACUACACUGUACGCUUCAGCCCCUGGGGGCUCAGGAAUGCCUCCCUGGUCACCUAUUACACCAGCUCCGGGGAAGACAUCCUCAUUGGCGGGCUGAAGCCAUUCACCAAAUAUGAGUUUGCGGUACAGUCCCAUGGCGUGGACGUGGAUGGGCCGUUCGGCUCCGUGGUAGAGCGCUCCACCCUGCCAGACCGACCCUCGACGCCCCCAUCGGACCUGCGCCUGAGCUCCCUGACGCCGUCCACUGUUCUGCUGCACUGGUGCCCCCCCACGGAGCCCAAUGGGGAGAUCGUGGAGUAUCUGAUCCUGUACAGCAACAACCACACCCAGCCCGAGCACCAGUGGACCCUGCUCACCACCGAGGGAAACAUCUUCAGUGCUGAGGUACGUGGCCUUGAGAGCGACACUAGGUACUUCUUCAAGAUGGGGGCCCGCACAGAGGUGGGGCCUGGGCCCUUCUCCGGCCUGCAGGAUGUGAUCACUCUCCAGGAGAAGCUCGCAGACUCCCUGGAUGUGCACUCAGUCACGGGCAUCAUCGUGGGCGUCUGCCUGGGCCUCCUCUGCCUGCUGGCCUGCAUGUGUGCUGUCUUGCGCCGUGGCCCCCACAGGGAAGCCCUCCCAGGCCUGUCCUCCACGGCCACUGCUGGGAACCCCGCGCUGUACUCCCGAGCCCGCCUUGGAUCUCCCAACCCCCCAGCUACCCAUGAACUGGAGUCCCUUGUGCACCCCCGUCCCCAGGACUGGGCCCCACCACCCUCAGACAUCGAGGACAGGGCUGAAGUGCACAGCCUUAUGGGUGGUGGAGCUUCCGACGGCCGGGGUCACUCCAAGAGAAAGAUCUCGUGGGCUCAGCCUGGUGGGCCGAGCUGGGCAGGUUCCUGGGCAGGCUGUGAGUUGCCCCAGGCAGGCCCUGUGCCUUAUCUGACCCGGGCCCUGCUGCCCCCUGCUGGCACUGGGCAGACGCUGUUGCUGCAGGCUCUGGUGUAUGAUGCCAUAAAGGGCAACGGAAGGAAGAAGCCACCCCCGGCCUGCAGGAACCAGGUGGAGGCCGAUGUUAUUGUUCACUCUGACUUCAGUGCCUCCAAAGGGAACCUUGACCUCCACCUCCAGGACCUGGAACCUGAGGAUUUCCUGCCUUCGGAGGCUCCUGACCUCACUUCGGGUGUUGUGGAUUUAGGGCAAGGGGGAGACUGGCUGGACAGGGAGCUGGGAGGCAGUGAACAGGCGACCACUGGGCCAGACAGACUCACCUGCCUGCCAGAGGCACCGUCUUGCCCCUACCUGGACCUCCAGCCCAGUGAGGCUCUGGAGGAGGCCCCUGGGGACAGCUGCCAGUCAAAGGCCCCCUGCCCUCUAGGAGCCAGCCCCGGCUUGUCCAGGGCCUCAGUCUCCUCCUCUGCUUAGCUCCCCUAGAGGUGCAGUUUGGGACAGGCUGUCAUGGGUCAUGGGAUAUGACACCUGUGUACCUGCGGAUACUGAACAUCAUCAAGCCAUUUGGAGCCUCCUAGGGGGCUUUGGCUGGAGGGAGAGGAAGAAAUGGCUUAUUCACUCCCCCCAUACUCGGUGACACAUGUGGUAUGUGAGAGACACGUGAGGCAUGGCUAUAUGUGAGGCAUCUGUGUGUGCUGGUUGGUGAGCUGGGAAACCUGGGUCCAGGCAGUGGUUAGUACAGCCUACCUGGCCCUCCAGGUCAGGACUGUGCCCCAGAACGGCCAGUGCCCAGCCCUGUGGGUCCCCCACCUCCGUCACCCAGCCUUUUAUUACACACUCUGAGAGUGUUUCCAAUGCCCUGUCUGACAAGACAGCCCCGGCCCAUUUUCCUGUCUGGCUGGGCUGAGUGCAAGUAGGCCCUGAAUGCCUAAUAUUUUAGUCCCAUUGCUGCCUCCCAUCGCCCAAACUGAGAGGGUGACGCUGGUCCCUCGGAGCAUCUCUGCAUUUGAUUUUGUAAUUUAGGAAGUGCCUGGUUUUGAACAUCUGCUCUCUCUUGCUCUCCCCUCCUUCCUUUCCUUUCCCUACUCCGGUGGCCUCUCCCCCGCCAACUUGCUCUCCCAACUCUAGUGCCCUUCGCUUCCGCCCUGACAGUCUCUCCUUUCCUCUCUGCUGCUUCUGGCUCUCCUCUUGCUGCCUGCCUCUCCUCUCUCACGCCUCUCAUAGACUGUGUCAUGUGGCCUCCCGCCUUCCUUCUCUUAACAACAUGACUACCUCAUGUCUGCUUCGAGGCCAUAGCGUGACUCCUGCCCCUUCACUUUACCGGGUACCCUCCUGCCCCCUCUUCUCUCUGUGCCGCCAUAUGCCUCCGCCCCAGGCAGGCUGCCCACCCCCAGUGCAGGUUUGAAGAAGACUUUCCAGCUUCCCUUGUAUCUUUUCCCCCUGGGAUUGAGAUGGGAGGGUCCUCCUUGGAGUGAUGAAUCCAAGCCACACAAGGGGACUUUUGAGAUGGGGAAACAGAAACACAACCCAGAGGCUCAGAAUAAAACUCCCCCCUCCCGUCUGUGCAGGGAGGCAGGCCUGCUGGAUGCAGGGGGGUUUGGGACAUUCCUUCCCAGCUAAAGCUAAAGGGGGCUCUGCAGCCCCGCAGCUUCCCACUCUGAGCACCUUGAACGUGAGCCGAUGGGGUAGGAGUGAGAGAAAUCUCAUUCCUCCGGGUGCUGGAAGGGAGGUCUUUGCGCAGGACAAGGGCAAUUGGCUCAUUUUGUUUUGUUUUGAAUUCAAUCCUGAAGUCAUUUUCUCUUGACCUGCCACACAAGGACAAGCUUGACUUCCAUUUCCUGUGUAGAGAAAACAAUGCAAUUUAUUUGAUUUUUGCACCUCAGCGUCUCAUAGGAGUAUGAAAUGUAGGGUCCUUUCUCCCUAAAUGCAUCUUUUUAACUGAUUGGCAUAUCAAGGGUUAACUGUGGCUUCUGGGCUAAAUUAGAAAUAACCAGUCUAUCUCCACCCCACCCCACCCCCUCUUUUUUUAAUGGUAAAAUGUCUCUCAGCAGAGUUGCGGCUUCCUCAGACCCUUUCGGCAUCUGUGUUUAUUACACUCGGGUGUCACUCAAGGUUGACAUCCCACCUACAGCUCCUUCCCUUCCCCCUCCUUCAACCAGCCUAUGAUAACACUAAAGAUUAGUCAUGUUGGUUUUGUAUCUUGUUAAGGACAGGAUUGUCACUUGUACUAUUUCUGUAGCAUUCAGCGUUGCUGUGGCUAACACCACUCUAUAUGUUUCAUCAUUGCUCUGAAGGUCAAAAGCCUCAUUUUAUUUUGCUGGUUUGAUUUUUUUUCUAAAGAAAAAAAAAACUGCCCUGAAUUAAAUGGCUGUUUUAACAGUAGGCUCUUAGCAUUACACUACGUAGUCAUUUUUCAUGUUCUUGUUUAACAGGCACUGAGGUUCUGGUUUAAAUUAAAUAGCUGCAAAUGAGACAAUUUAUAACCCAUUAGGUUGGGUGGAAAAUUGUUUCUCAAAAGCAAAUAAGUAAUAAAUCUGGUAUCUGCCUAUAACUCACAGUUGAUAAGAAAGUGGCCAUUACUCACUAGUAUUAUAUAUGAUUUUGGACUCUGGGUAAUUUGGAAGUGUUGGGUUUGUGUCUUUGUAGUAGUAUUUUUAUUAGAAAAGAGUCUAUUGGCCUUUUACAGGGUAUUAAUCCCUUUGUCACCUACCAUUGAUGCCUUACGUUUUUGAGUCUCAUUUUAAAACCUCCCCUUUUUUUGAUGCAUGACAAGUGUAAUCAUACCUGCUCAUUUAUUUGUUUGUAUUUAGUUUAUGCUGUUAUUUAAUUAUUUUCCAGCUUUUUUUUCUCUUUAUAAAUAAGACAUUUUUUAGUGUUAAGCCAAGGCAUUGAUCAUGUAUCUGUCCUUAUAAUGAA